AUGUUCGCAAUUGAUUUAGUAAAAGUUAAAUACAUGUUUUUCAAAAUUAUUGGAUUAGCGCCAUUCACAUUUGAAAAUGUUGAAAAAUUGGAUGAAUGUAACUUAAAAACAAUAAAAAUGAAGCAUUCACAACUUGGAAAUCUAUACAAUAGUGUGCUAAUAAUACUUACAUUUAUAUUGGGUGCUAUCGUUUUGAAACAGCUUCUCCAUAAUGAUUUACCUCAUACAUCAAAAAUUAUUGACUUAAUAUACAUUAUCAAAGCAGUUGUGGGUGUUGUUGUGUUGUUGUCAUUAUGGAUAAUAAUGAUUUUGUAUCAAUCAAAAGCCGUCAAAUUAAUAAAUACUAUGAUAGAAAACAAUAAAAUGAUUAAUAAUAAUCGAAAUUUGUGUGGUGUUUUUUCACUGAAUCAAUUCGAAUACCGAAUAACAAUUUUGAAUAUAAUAAAUUCGUGUAUAUGGUUCGGCACACUUGUUACGUAUCCAUUCGCAUAUGAAAUCUCACUAUCUCUUAGCAUAAUUGUUUAUUUACCAGCAUUUAUUUCUUGUUGUUUACUGAUGCAAUACGUGAUUAUGGUGGAACUACAGAAGAAGAAGUUCUUCAGCUUGCACACGGCAUUUGUAAAACUAACAACGAGAAUACGUUUUUCAGAUGAGAGAAUAAUUACACGAAUAAUUAUCGACCUCAGGCGAAUCUACGAAAUGUUUUAUUCUACAACUGAAGAAAUAUCUCGUUAUUAUUCACUGCCAGUAUUCCUAAUUAUUAUAAAUUCUUGUGGGAAGAUAUUUUUUCUUACUUAUAAUAUAUUGCAUCCACUGAUCUAUGAAAACUCUCCUUAUAAACAUGCGAAGUCAGUCACCGAAAUCCAUUUAGUAUUUAAUUUGAUCAUGGAAGGAUUUCCUAUUGUUGUUUUGACUUAUGAAGUUACU